AUGCAGCCCUCCCCUUAUUCGAACGACGAAUACACUGUCGGAUGGAUUUCGGCUCUGAAUGACGAAUUCAUCGUCGCCAUGGCCAUGCUGGACGAGGAGCAUGGAAGGCCCCAGUCCACCCCUCAACAUGACACAAAUGCAUACCAUCUCGGCAAAAUCGGCGACCACAAAGUCGCUAUGGCAUCGGUAUCUGGGGGGCAAAUGGGAACUGGACCAGCUGCUGUCGCGGCGGAGAACAUGCGCCGGACAUUCAAGAAUAUUCGAUUCGCGCUUCUUGUGGGUAUUGGUGGGGGCCUGCCUGGAAAAGAUAAAGAUGUGCGUCUGGGUGAUGUCGUGGUCAGUUAUCCAGAAAAGACCUACACAGGAGUUGUGCAGCAUGACUACGGGACAUUGAUGCCCAAUGGCGAGAUCGAGAGGAAAGAUUGGUUUUGCGCACCGCCCCGUAAGCUCCUGGCAACGGUUGACAUGCUAAGGGCAUAUCACUCAAGACCGAAGAAUCCGAUCAACACUAUGGGUAGCAUUAUGGAGGAGCUGGGUCACGAUUAUGCUUAUCCAGCCGGCGUGCCUGACGAUUUGUAUCGGGCAGACUACAACCAUGCACCUGAAGCUCGGACAUGCGACUCUUGCGACAAGAGCGCAUUGGUAAUUCGAGAGUGCCGACAACAUCCUUGCAAGCCGCGCAUACAUUACGGGAUUAUAGCAUCUGGAAGUCUAGUGAUCAAAAGCGGUGUUUCAAGGGACAGGAUUGACCAACGUUAUAACACAUCAAUAUUGUGUUUCGAAAUGGAGGCCGCAGGCCUGAUGAAUAACUUUCCUUGCCUUGUCAUCCGAGGUAUCAGCGACUACAGCGAUUCGCACAAGAACGACCGAUGGAGGAACCGUGCAAUUGCAGUUUCGUCGGCAUAUGCUAAGGAACUUCUGUCGCUGAUUGAGCCCGCUGAUGUGGAAGUUUUGCCAACUUUAACAGGUCGCGUUCUUACUGCUGCGAAAGUCAACGAGGGCGUAACUGAAAGUCUAGGACUACUUAAAGAAGCUCAGCAUGGAUCCCAAAUGAAGGACCUCGAAGAUCGCUGGAUCCUAUGCGAGCGUUGGUUGAAACCACCCAAUUUCCGGGAACUCCAGCACGACACAAUUCAAAAUAAACUUCCAGAAACUUGUGACUGGAUCUGGUCGAACAAGAACUUCAUGGAAUGGAAAACAACUCCGUCUUCGGGAUUAGAUGGUUUACUUUGUAUUUGCGGCCCUCCUGGCUGUGGGAAAAGUGUGCUGGCCUCCUUUAUGGUAGACCACAUGAAGCGAACUACUACGCCGGUGCUGUUCUUCCCUUUUUCUAGAAUACAUACGAGACAGCAAAAGCCCAGUGACAUGCUGCGGUCACUCAUAUGGCAGCUGGUGGAGAUUGGACCAAAACAACAAGCACUAUCAAUGUUACACGAACCGAUGCAAAAGGGUCGGCCUACGACAUCCGACCUAUGGAGGACAUUCCAUGACAUAGCUAGCCUUGUUUCCGAUCCCGUUUAUUGUAUUAUUGACGGGGUGGAUGAAAGCAAGGAAGACACGGCUGGGUUGAUUCAAAGACUGCGCAUCUUCCUCCAAGAUCAUUUCAACUUCCGCAUUAUCAUGUUCGGCCGUCAGAUUGUAUUUAAAGGAAUUGGCGCUAUCCAGCACAAACUUGAAAUUGAGCCUAGCCUGGUGAGCGCCGAUAUUGAGAAAGCUAUUAGACACGGAAUAACACACUCCGAUACUAUAUGUACGCCACAGCUGGAGGAGGAGGUGUUCAGAUUUCUCCAAAAGCACGCGAACGGGAAUUUCCUUUGGAUUAAGCAUAUGAUUGAGCACCUGGGAAAGUCUGUUGGGGCAGCCGACACGCGCAAAAGACUACGCAACCUCCCCAAAGACCUUCAAACCUUCUAUGAGGAUCUGUUUCUGAGCCUUAUUUGCACGUUGGAACCGUCGGAGCUCGCUGCUUCUCAGAAAAUUGUUGCAUAUCUCCUUGUGUCCAGACGUCCGUUGUCCAUCGAAGAGGUUCGAUAUUCACUAGCCGUAGACGCCAUGUCUACCUCACCAUCUGAGAACAGUCCUUUUGAGGACUACCUGAUUCCCGCGCUAGAUAGCCGCAUCUUCAAGCUAUGUGGUAGUAUUGUCAGUAUUAAAAACGGCUAUUUGCAUCUGGUGCAUUCUUCUGUCAUGGACUUCCUAGUCAGACCUGAGUCGCAAUGGGGAUCUCGAAGGAAGAACCGCAACAUCAUGCGUGCCUUCCAAGUCAAUUUGAGCAAUGCACAUGGCUCAAUUGGAAAAGCCUGUAUAGCAUAUCUUGAGGUGGUUUAUUCCGCCGCGUCGGCCAGCAACUCAUCUGAAAGAACAAGAGACCGCCCAUUUGUCGAAUACGCGCUCCAGUCUCUGUUAUUCCAUAUCAACAGGUCUGAUUUCGAGAAAAGUUACAUUUUAAACCAAACUGACAAGCUGCUGGGUUCGACCUUGUUCAUGAGCAUAUUACACGAAAUUGCCACAAUGAUCGUUGAAGAUGACUCUCUAGACUUCUUGAUCGAGGAAUUUAACGAUUUUUUAUCAAGGCUAGAUGACAAGGAGUAUGCUCAAAUCAGAUGGAAAGCUGUUUCAGUUUUGAAGGACGAGCAUGAGCGCCUAUCAAAGGAGUAUGGGCAAUUCAAUUGGCGAACCGAACGAAUACGCCUGUUUCAGGCUUUUAUCGAUCAGAACACUACAAUUUCGAACAACAUUGACUUUGGGUUUCCGUCCGCUGGAAGUACCAUGAUGGGGCUAGCAGAAGUUGCACCGAUCCUGCACAUUCUUCAAGAUAAAACACUGCACAGUUCGUCGAGGACGUUAGAUUUGUUUCUGAGGUUAAACAUUCACCUCGUCAAGUUCAGACAGAUCACUGAUCCGAUACAAAUGAUCAUACGAAUUAUCAUGCAGAAAGCAGAUAUAGCCCCGACUUAUGUCCUCCUCACUGUGGCGUUUUACUACCUUGAUCACAGCAAGUACGAUGAAGCCCUGAACGCUUUUCACAUUUCUCUUGAAAGGUUGAAAGGAAAGGAUUUGACAACGAGGUAUCUAGCAUGUCGAGGUGCCGGUUGGGCGCAUUACAAAAAAAUGCAAUCUGAGAAAUCCCUAGAGUUGUUUUUACUAGCUUUCUCUGGGUUUGAAAGACUGCUAGGCUCCGAGGAUUGGGAUACAUUGGUGACACGUAAGUUUAUAGGCCAGGUUUUAGUGGACCUUCAACAGUACGAGAAGGCUUUUCAGUACUUCAACGAAGUUCUAGCAGCAUUCGAAAGACUCUAUGGCCCUAAAUACUACGUGACAUUGUCGGUCGUUCAUCACAUGGGCGCUGCGUACGUUCUUAUGGGGGAGCAUGAGAGAGCUCUUAGGCCUCUUCAUAGAGCGCUAGAAGGCCAAAAGGAGGUAUACGGUCCUCGAAAUAAACACGCAUUACGAAUGGGGUACUGGGUUGGUUUGGCAUACCAGGGGCUUGAUCAAUAUGAAAUCGCUUUGGAAUAUUUUACCGAGGCAUUGUCAGGCCAGGAAAAGGUGCUUGGCCUCUCACAUCCACAAACAUUGGACACACUUAUACACAUGGGCGAGGUGCACAUGAGUCUCCGUGAAUGCAACAAAGCGGCAGAGUUCUUCAACAGAGCGAAGGGAAAGGAUACGUCACGAGCACGGUCUCCAUUACUUGGAUCUCUCAUUGCUCCAUCAUGA